AUGACCGGGCUAGUCACUUUGUGUCGAGCAGAGCUUGUCAAACAAAUCGGCAUUUUUCGCGCCAAGAAUCAUAGGCUAUUCGUUUCCCGGCAGUCCGCAUCGGCUAUCAUAGGUAAAACACAAUUCAAAUUAACAAUGCCUGAACAAAAGUGUGUUCUAAAGUUCGCCAAACUAUCCGAAAACGCUUUUGCACCGACAAAAGGUUCUGCCAAAGCUGCUGGAUAUGAUCUGAGAAGUGCAUAUGAUUAUACAGUGCCUGGCCGUGGAAAACAGCUUGUCAUGACCGAUAUUCAGGUGCAGGUACCGGAAGGUUGCUAUGGACGGGUUGCUCCUCGUUCCGGAUUGGCUGUGAAGAAUUUCAUCGACGUGGGAGCCGGUGUGGUUGAUGAGGACUACCGCGGCAACGUCGGUGUAGUGCUUUUCAAUCACUCGGAAGCAGAUUUCGAAGUCAAGAAAGGUGAUCGUAUCGCGCAGUUUAUUUGCGAGAAGAUAGCUUAUCCGGAUUUGGAAGAACUUCCGACGCUUACGGAUACCGAACGCGGUGCAGGAGGUUUCGGAUCUACCGGUACGAACUAA